UUCCACAGAUGCACCUUCAGGUUUCCCAGCACAAAUAUCAAGAUCACGUUUACUGCGCUCUCUCACGUGACAAGAAAGAGAAGCAGGAAGCCCCCGAAUCCCCCAUCAAACCAGUGCAGCCGCAGAUUUCCCCCCUGACCAUAAACAUUCCAGAGAACAUGGCUCACCUAAUCAGCCCCCUGCCUUCCCCGACCGGAACCAUAAGCGCUGCAAACUCUUGCCCCUCUAGCCCCCGUGGUGCUGGCUCAUCUGGGUAUAAAAUGGGCCGUGUUAUAUCUGCAGACCUGAUCUCUGACAAUUCCCAUUUGGAGAAUGACAAAGAAGCUUCAGGUGGAGACAGCCCCAAGGAUGACUCGAAGCCCCCGUACUCUUACGCACAGCUAAUAGUACAAGCAAUUACCAUGGCCCCAGACAAGCAGCUCACCUUAAAUGGUAUCUACACGCACAUAACGAAAAACUACCCCUACUAUAGAACAGCGGACAAAGGCUGGCAGAAAUUCUAUCCGUCACAACCUUUCUCUCAUCCGGUAUUUUAUCAAAGUUCCCACGAUCCCAGGAGGAGCCUGGCAAAGGAUCUUCUGGAGGAUAGACCCAGCGUCCGAGAGCAAACUUAUAGAGCUAAGCUUUUAGAAAACGAAGGCCCCGGGGUGUGCCGUGUUUCAGGACCCCCUUAGGACCCCUUUCCUCAGGAGUGCACCAGCAUCUCCAAACCACUCCGGCGUUUUGUCGGCACACUCGAGUGGAGUCCAGACCCCGGAGAGCCUGUCCAGGGAAGGCUCGCCAGUUCCGAUGGACCCGGAACCAAGCGCCAUCCAGCCAAAGCUUGCAGUGAUCCAGGAAGCGCGGUUUGCACAGAGCGCCCCAGGAUCCCCCCUCUCCAGCCAAUCAGUCCUCAUCACUGUGCAACGGCAGCUCCCCCAGACUAUAAAACCAGUGACGUACACAGUGGCCACCCCUGUUACCACCUCCCAGCAGCAGCAGACCGUCAUGCAGACCGUGCAUGUGGUCCACCAGAUCCCUGCGGUAUCCGUUACCAAUGUUUCAGGCCUGGCUCCAGUCAACACCUACACGGUUGGGGGACAGGCAAUGGUAGCCCAGGCCGCAAUGGUAGCCCAGCCUAAACUAGAGCCGCAAGAGAACGGAGAUCACAAAGAGGUGAAAGUGAAAGUAGAAGCAAUUCCUGCGAUCAGCCACCAAGCGCUCAGCACAGCCAGCCGAAUCAUCCAGACCUCUUCGUCUGCCCCCCUCCAGACGGUUACUAUAGUGCAGCAAGCCCCUCUAGGUCAACACCAGCUCCCCAUCAAAGCCGUUACACAGAACGGGACACAUGUGGUGCCCAUCACCACUGCCAUACAAGGACAGGUCACUACAGCAAACUCGAGUUCCCACCUGAUUGACAGAGCUUGGCAGUGGAGAGGAAAUGGAAGCCGAGCUGCAGCUAGCCCCCUCCACAUGUUGGCCACCCAUGCCUCUGCGUCAGCCUCACUCCCGACCAAGAGGCAGAGCGGAGACCAGAACAACCAGCCAGACAUCAAGAAACUCAAGUCAGAGGAAACGGAAGGUUUGGUCCUAGGCGUGAUCGAGAACGCCCAAUCGGAAGGAACCGUGGCAGCGUCCAAUGAACAAGACAACCAAAAAUAG